GGCGGGGCCGCAGCGCAGCGCAGCGCAGGGACCCGGCGGCGGCCAUCCCCUCCGCGCCGCCGCCUGCGUCCCCUCCGGAAAGGGGCGCCGCCGGGCGUGAGCAGAGAGCCCGGCGGGUGCCCGCGGGGCAAGCAGCCCCGAGCCCGGCGCCCCCGCGGCCCCCAGGGAACAUGGGCGUGCUCAGGGCCGGGCUGUGCCCGGGCCUCACCCACGACACGGUCGGGCAACUGAGGAGCCGCGGGAUCAAGACAGUGGUGGACCUGGUUUCCGCAGACCUGGAGGACGUGGCCCAGAAAUGUGGCUUGUCAUACAAGGCCCUGGUCGCCCUGAGAAGGGUGCUGCUGGCCCAGUUCUCAGCCUUCCCCUGCAAUGGCGCUGAUCUCUACGAGGAACUAAAGACUUCCACUGCCAUCCUGUCCACUGGCAUCGGAAGCCUGGACAAACUGCUUGAUGCGGGUCUCUACACUGGAGAAGUGACUGAGAUUGUAGGAGGCCCAGGUAGCGGCAAAACCCAGGUAUGUCUUUGUGUGGCUGCAAAUGUGGCCUAUGGCCUACAGCAGAAUGUUGUGUACAUUGAUUCCAAUGGAGGACUGACAGCCUCCCGCAUCCUCCAGCUACUUCAGGCCAGAACCCCAGAUGAGGAGGAGCAGGCAGGAGCUCUCCAGAGGAUCCAGGUGGUGCGUGCGUUUGACAUCUUCCAGAUGUUGGACGUGCUACAGGACUUCCGGGGUGCCAUGUCCCAGCAGGUGAGCAGUGCCUCCGUGACGGUGAAGGUGGUGGUUGUGGACUCGGUCACUGCGGUGGUCUCCCCACUUCUGGGAGGUCAGCAGAGGGAAGGCUUGGCCUUGAUGAUGCAGCUGGCCCGAGAGCUGAAGACCCUGGCCCGGGACCUUGGCAUGGCGGUGGUGGUAACCAACCACAUGACCCGAGACAGAGACAGUGGAGAGCUCAGACCUGCCCUCGGACGCUCCUGGAGCUUUGUACCCAGCACCCGGAUUCUCCUGGACAUUGACGAAGGAGCAGGAGCAUCGGGCAGUCAGCGCAGGGCAUGUCUGACCAAAUCUCCCCGUCUGCCAACAGGUUUCCAGGAGAUGGUAGACCUUGGGACCUGGGCGCCUCCAGAGCAGAGCCCAGCAUCCCAGGGAGAUCAGAUAUGACUGUGCUGUUGAUUGGGAAGGGGGGGCGUCAAGCGCCCCACCUCUCUGCACACUAGCAGCUGCUGGUCACUGCCACCCGGUACUUGGGACUGCAGCAGAAGCUCUUGGGCGGGCCCAAGAGACAUCUCUCUUUCCUCAGCUUCUGUUUCUGUGGAAACAGAGCUACAGGCAAGAGAGGAUUUGGUGGUGGAAGGACCCAGAAACUCAUGCUGGUGCCAAGUUUUCUUCCUUGUUUCUAUCAUAUGUGUUUCCCUGUGAGCAGAGUUCACCCUGGCCUCCGGCCUCUCUGAAGAGGCCUGCUAGUGACCGGACAGAACCCUGUGUGUCACCAUCUUACCCACGCUCCAUCCUCACACAGUGACGGAGCCCGGAAGCCUCUGCUUCUCUCUCUCUUUUUUAUUUUGCCUCUGUUUUUCCAUCUGUAAGAUGGAGCUCCCUUUCCCCUAGCUUUGUCUUUGAGUUACUGGGUGGAAGCAACCUUGUAAAUGCAAAGCCCUUCUUUAUCCAUGUCAUGCUCUUAAAAAUACAAACGGGAAAUUCCUUGAGCCCCAGAGCCACCUGAUUUCCCCCCAGAAGGGUGUUUUUCAGUUUCCCCUAGUGAGGUUCCAAAGAACAGUUCUUCCUUUUUUUUCCUCUUGCUUAUUUGGUUUCACGCACCUGCAUGCAUCACCAUGACUAGGUGAGACUGUGAACUUGCUGCAGUCCCAGGGAUAUAAUUUAACAGGAAGGGAGGAUGUGGCCACAGUGAAUCCAGCUAUCUGUUUAUUAUGCAUGGUGCCCUGUAGGGCCCCUCCACAGUAUAGAGGUGCCUCACAGCCAGAGGUGCUGAACCAUGGCCUUGCCCAUAAACAGACAGGAGAGAAUUUGCACAGUAAAUAGAGGCAGCUGGGAAAAUUGAUGCUGGCGUAAAUAAUACAUGGCAAAUCUAGUCCUUUAUGCAGAAGUUCAUUGCCGGUGGCUCUGAGAUGCAAUGUAAUUCCCCUUCUCUUCCUGACAGCUGUACCACAACCUGGUGCCCUAGUGUAUGAAAUAACCCCCCGUCUGUUAGCGGCACUGUGGCCGUCCAUCUGAGAGCUGUAGCCCUCGCUGGGGGGGAGAGGAGGACACCAGGGAAGGAAUAAUAAAAAGGCAAAGUAGAGAAAUGA